GAUGAUUUGCCAGUUUUAAUCGCCGAGGCUGAGGCACAUAUUAGCAAGUUAGAACAAGAAAUAAUUGUUGAUGAAAGUAAAAUAAUUACUAAAGAUUAUGCUAUGCUUGACAAACGGCUGCUGAGUAAAAGGCAGACUAAGGAGGAGUUAGAAAAAAUAGUGCAGAAAUGGAAAGGUAAAUUAUCGGAAAUAGUUAACAUUGAAAAUCAAGGACAAUUAACUACUCAGAUUCUCCAAGAAAAUUACGGGAUUUCUAUACUAGAUCUUAAAAAUGAAAAUUUAGAAGGUAAAUUGAUUGUCCAUGAUCUUCCUAAUUUAGAAAAAAUUGAAUGUGAUAAUAACAAUUUUACUAGUAUUGAACUUACCAAUCUGCCUAAACUAAAUUAUUUUCGUGCCAACAAUUGUCAACUUACCGAGAUAAAAGUUGAAAACUGUUCCGAACUUAAUUAUUUUAAUGCAUCUAAUAAUCGUCUUAAUAAUACUGGUUUUUUGGACAACCUCAAUCCCGAAAAAUUAACCAUUCUCAGCAUCCACAGCAAUGAUUUUUCUAAACAAAAUUUAGAGGUAUUCAGUAAUUUUACCGGUCUGGAACAAUUAUUUAUUGAUAAUUGUGAUAAAGCUAAAUUUAGAAAAGGCAUCUACAAUCGUCUUGUUGGUUCCCUUAAACCUCUGCAAAAUUUAACUAAAUUAGAGAUAUUAGGCAUUGGGGCAACUGACAUCGACUCAGGCUUGGAAUACUUACCUAAGAGUUUACGGAAAAUUGGUCUAACUACUUCUAUCAAAGUCAAUACUGCUUGCUCCGAGAUCCGCCGAGAAUUGGAAGAGGCCGCCAAAAUUGAAGGAGAAGAAACUGAAGAAGUAAAAAAACGAGAAAGCAUAACUUUUUUAACCAUCAAUGACAAAAAUCUCAAAGGUCAUUUGGAUUUACGGGAUUUCACUAAAUUAGAAAAACUUGAUUGCUCAGAUAACCAAUUAACUAAUUUAGAUUUAAGCCAAUGCACGGAACUAACUCACCUCUAUUGUGACAAUAAUUCGCUCACUAGUUUGGAUUUCCUAAAAAAUUUACCUCAUCCAAAAAAACUAAAAGAAAUUUACUUAGGAGAUAAUCCAAACUUGCUUAGUCAAAAUUUAGAAUUUUUAACCUCUUUUACAGGAUUAGAGGAAUUAAAUAUGGAGAAUUGCUCUCUUAAUGGAAAUUUGAAAUCUUUAAAAAACUUGGAAAAAUUAAAGAAUAUUUACAUCAGUGACACUAAUAUAGACAGUGGUUUAGAUGAUUUACCAACUAGUUGCCAAAGGGUUUAUUCAAAAUUCCAGAAAGAAGAAGCAAAAGAAAGAAUAACCGAACUAAGCAAAUUAAAAUCUCCGGAACAAUUUGGCCGAUUUAAAUAUCUAACUGGUAUAGAAUAUACUUCUACGUCUACUACUGUUAUUGGGGGUGCUUUAACCUUAUUAGACUUCUCUACUACUGGAGGAGUUAUUACUCUCACUGCUCCUUUAGAUGCCGAUACUUUUUUAGAAAAUUUUAAUGAGUUAAUGGGAAUAUUAAAACAGAUUGAAGUAGGCGAAGUAGGAACGGUAAGCGAAGCCCUCGAGGACCUAAAAAAGAAAGUCUAUAACUUUUUAAAUGCUUAUGAUGAAGAUCGUAAUGAAGAAAUAGACAUUAAGGAAUUAACUAAUGAACAGGUCAAAUUUGCCAAAGAACUAAAUAAAGUAGAAGAAAUUGUGGAAGCUAUGAAAGAAUUAGAGGAACAGGUAAUUAAUUAUCGACAAGAUCAAGUUCCAAUAGUUAAUGAAUUACUUCAAGAACUAACUAAUAUUAAGGAAGGGAAAAGGGAAAAAAUUGAAAAAAUAUUUAAAGAAGAAUUUCCUAAGAAAGAAAUUAAGAAAAUAAUUUUCUCAGAACGAGGAGAAAAUAAAGAACAGUACUUGAUAAUUAGUAAUGAAGUGCUAAAUGAUUCAAUUCCAAAAUAUUAUUUAAAUUUAGUUGAUUUAAUAAUAAUUAAUAACUCUUUUUAUGAGGCAAAAAUGAACAAAUUCUCCCAGCCUUUUAGUUCGGAGGAAGAAGCAAAAAAAUUAAUAAAAAUUGAGUUUACUGAGGAGCAAGAAAGAAGAAUUGAAAAUGAACUAAAAAAGUUGUACCAAGAAAAGGAA